AUGGGGGCUAUAUGGAGGCUUGGAAAUGGUAGGGAUGGGUCGCUCUUGACUAUGGGAGUUAGGGGUUUGGGAGUUCCUCCGCCUCCCCCCCCCCUUCGUCCCCACCUCCCCGCCGCCACCCUCUCCCUCUCCUCCUCCUCCAUCCUCGCCUUCGACUCCCUCGCGCACCACCUGUCCGCCGCCAAUUUCCGCCAAGCCGAUCACGAUACACGCCGUCUCCUCAUUCGAUUAGCCGGAGAAGCCGCCGAGAUGCGCGGAUACGUUUUCUUCUCCGAAGUCCAAUUCAUCGCUGCCGACGACCUUCGAGCCAUCGAUGAUCUCUGGCGAUGCCACAGCGGCGGCCGAUUCGGAUACAGCGUGCAGCGGAGGCUGUGGGAGAAGGCACAGCGGGAUUUCACGAAAUUCUUCAUUGAGGUAGGUUGGAUGAGGAGAAUGGAGACGGAGGUGGAGCAAUUCACCUAUAGAUCCUUUCCGGGGGAGUUCAUUUGGGAGCUCGGCGAUGAGACGCCGGCGGGGCAUUUGCCGCUGACGAAUGCAUUACGGGGGACUCAGUUGCUUGGGAGCAUUUUGACUCAUCCGGCGUUUGGCGAGGAGGAGGAGGAGGAGGAGGAUGAGGAGAGGGGGAAGGUUUUGAGUAGCAGGACGUUGAAGAAACCUCCUGAUUACUCCUUUUGAAUUUGAGCAUACAGAUGUACUGUUACUCUAAUACGCACAAAAGACAAAUGCAUGUGACCUGCUCUACGCUUAUCAUACAGUCUGCGUUGAUUGAAGAAAUUUCAAGUCAGCUGACAGAUGCAUACCUACUACAAGAAAACUCUUACAUUCAGUUUUCUGGGAUCAAAGAGGCGAAGAAGGAAGAUGACGAUGGUAAAGAAGCUUUAAUGGAGAAUAGUCAUGUUGAUGAGUCUGCAGCCAUGAAAAUGGCAAGGAGAACAGCCCAGUUUCCCUCUCUAAUGAUGAUUAUACUGAUUCAGAAGAGCACACUUCUUCAACUUCUGAUAGAUCAGGAAGAAGACUAACAAAGCCUGGAAGAUAGUUCUCUGCUGCUAAAAUUUCUGGACUCUUGGGAUAGGAAGGAGAAUUAGAGCGAUUUUAAUUUAGGGAAAUUUAUGUACAUUCGGCCC